AUGGCCGCCGCCAAACGUACCAAGGCCGCCCCCACCGACGAGGUCGACGAGCUCUUCGAGGGCAUCGGCCCCGACACCGCCAAGAAGCCGUCCAAGCCCAAGCCAACCUCGGCCGCCGCCAAGGCCAUCGCCGACCACGACAUUCUCGCCGAGCUCGAGAACGAGCUGUCCUCCCAGAAACCCCCUCCCGCCCCCACACCCCGCGCGUUCGAGAUGCCGCCGUCCACGGAGAGCGCCACCUCCUUGCGUGCGAGCUUCACCCCGAGCGCCACAAGCUCCGAUCUGCAGGAAUCCGAGAAGAAGGGCGCCGUCUCUAGCGGCGAGCAGCAGCAGCAGCAGCAGCAGCAGCAGCAGCAGCAGCACGCCGCUGCCGCAUCCGCACAAGGCGCUGCUGUCAAGGAUUUGCAGCAGAGCGAAGAGGCCAAGAAGUGGACGGAUCAGGUCAAGGGCAAUGUGACUGUCCUUCGAGGAUUCGGUGACGAACUUCGACACCGCGCCAUGCCCACGUUCACCAACAUCCUCCACACCCUCGCCCCACCCAUUAGCUCCCACGAGCGUCUCCACAUCCACAUCACCCACGACCUCGUCGGCUACCCCUCCCUCGAUCCCAUGAUCCACGACGUCUUCGCCCGCGUCAUGUCCCAAGUAGAAGGCGGCGACCUCCUCGUCAUCCAGCGCGGCCACGAGAUGACGGGCCGCCGCGCCGCCGGUGCCGAAUCGGCCGGCUGGCGGGACGGCCCCUGGUGGCGCGCCGUCGACCCCCGCGCGACUUGGGCAUCGUCAAGGGCCUGCGCGAAGGCACGAAGCUCUGCCGCGCCAACGCCGAGAGCCCGCAUCCGCGCCACCGAGCCCCUCAGCUCCACGAACCCCGUGCGCACGUCCGAUCUCUUCCUCUCCGUGCAGGCCGUCGGCGUCGACUCCGACGCCACCCUCUUCGCCCGCCCCGCCGCCGUCGAAAAGGAAAAGGAGGACUCCACCGUCGAGGCCCAGGACCGCCCCGACGAGCUCGUCUGCUUCGCCGUCUUCAUCCUCGACCCCUGGGUCGCCGAGUGGGUCGAAGAGACCUUGUCCCUCUCCACCGGCGUCGUCGCCCAGCGCUACGUCGCGAGGAGAAUGGGCGUCGGCGAGGGCGGUAUCGGCCGCGGCAAGAAGAAGAUUGAGGACCUUGUCCAGGAUGGCGCCGGCGAGGCUGCUAGGGCUGGUUUGAUUUGA